UCGGUUAUAGAAAAAUAAGGGGUGCAUUUAUUUUAAAGGUUUAGGGACUAGUCAGUUACCAGUUUAAAUAUGUCGUCCAUAAACCUCACGAAUUUGCCAAGUUUAGUGGUCAAUGGGAAUUUACUUACAGCAUCAACCCAAGGAUCAACAACAGAAGGCAUGUCUCAAGUUGUUAUGUCACAAUCAAUGUCAACACCAGCAGAACAAACACCAACGGAAGCUCAACAAUUACUUCAAGGAUUUUGGCAGAAACAGCUUGAAGAAGUUCGAGGCUUGGAUAUGAAUGAUUUCAAAGUCCAAGACCUUCCUUUAGCGAGAAUAAAGAAGAUUAUGAAAAUGGAUGAAGAUGUGAAGAUGAUUUCCGCUGAAGCUCCUCUGCUGUUUGCUAAAGCAGCUCAGAUGUUUAUUACAGAGCUUAGUCUUCGAGCAUGGAUCCACACAGAAGAAAACAAAAGAAGAACUUUGCAGAGAAAUGACAUAGCAACUGCAAUAACAAAGUUUGACCAGUUUGAUUUCUUGAUUGACAUCGUGCCUAGAGAAGAUUUAAAACAAACAACACGCAGAGCAACAGACGAAACUCGGGGCAGUGGGGAAAAUGUUCAAUAUUUUUACACUGUACCUCAACAGCAAGUUGCCCAACAGAAUUCUACCCCAGUAAUCAACCAAUCUUCUGCACAAACUGGCCAGAUUGUCAUUACACAGCCUUCAAACCAGAUUGUUCAACUUGGUGGUCAGAUUGUUGGAUCUGACACAAAUCAACAAGUUCUGCAAAUAGGACAACAGCAACAACAACAACAACAACAACAACAACCCCAACAACAACAACAGACGCAAUCUGUUGGUAACGCUGUAAUUGUUGGUGGAAAUAACAACCAACAACAACAACAGCAACAGCAAUCUUCUGUUGUAGUUAACCAACAACAACAACAACAACAACAACAACAACAGCAAGAGCAAAACACCGUCUCCUUGAACCACAACCUCAUCCAACAGCUGAUUGCUCAUAGUGGGACAAACCCUGGUGAUAUUCAAUCGAUUCAAAUCAGCCCUGAUGGUCAAAUUCAACUAAUUAAAGUACCUGGCAGUGAAACAUCACAAGAACAAGUAUGACAUCAGAAUCAGAAUUCUAAGUGAGUACAUUCAAUUAGAUGGGUAAACAUCAGAGACUGGGGACAAAGUGGAGUCUACAAGAGAUACUGUGGUCGAAAAACUUGGAAAGAUUGUUUUAUGUUCAAAUUCAUGUGGACAAUUUUAAAAUAUUGCGUCAGUAAUUUUCGUUUUAUUUGUUUUCAUGUUAUUGCUGGAUAUGGAAUUACAUUUUAUGAAAAUGACACUCUUGUUAAAAUUGGAUAAAAAUCUAAAUAUUCUGUUUUCUUUUUUGGUUUUUGAGAUUGUGAUCAAUUUGUAUGACGCUGUAUUUAAAUUGCUUUAAAAUACAAAAUUUAACAAAGA